AUGACAAACAAGUCACAAUGGCCACAAGUGCAGCUGCCAUUUGUUGUGGGUGCACCACUUGCUAAGAGAAAUGUAGGUAGACAAAGGAAACUAAGGAUUAAAGGUUGUCUUGAGGGUGGUCACAAGAAGAAAGGUGCCAAUGAUGUUGCCAAUGGGGAUGCCAAUGAUGGCAGCACUGCUCCCAGCAAUGCUAAGGGGAAGAAAAUGAUUAGAGGCCCAAUUACUUGCAAGAAGUGUGGUGAAAAUGGUCAUAGGCAAGCUAGUUACAAGUGUGCACUCAAUGGAACAAAAAAAAAGGGCAAGAAAAGAAAGCCUAGGAAGAACAAUACUAAAGCUAGACCAGGUGAACCUAACACCCCACAAAGGCCAAAUAGAGAAGAAAUAAUACAUGAUAGUCCCGGUAUGGUCGCUAGAAGCCAUGCUGCUUUCUUGUUGGACGAGGGUACUUCUUCUCAGACCACUACAACUACUUCCGACAUGAUGGUCACUGCUGUUCCAGCAAAGAAGAUGACUGCACCUCCAGCAAAGAAGAUGGUUCCCAGGAGAAAGCUACAAAUCGGUUGA